UACUUGUUGACAUAACCGCCCGAAGAAAAAUGGACGUUCUUUGAAUGACACCAAAAGCCGAAAUUCGUAUUAAAUUAUCAGUAAAGACCAGCGUGCAACAUGUCGUACGUGAACAAGAAGAUCGGGGCCUUUAGAGAGGCUGGUGACAUCGAAGUCCAACUGAAUCGGUCCGAUGGACGCAUGAAAGUGUAUGCUUCGGCUACGGACGCGAGAGCUUGGUGCGACAUUAGUGAAGACCGAAGACAAUACAUUUUAGAGUUAGUUAAACGCGACUAUGGAAAAGGUUUAUCUUUAGGAAGGUACGUACCCGUAGAGGCCAUCAUCGACGUUCUGCUAGCCAACAAGAACGCAGACAUUGAACGCCUACAACAAGAGAUCGCAGAGCUUAAGAGACUACUGAAGGAGCACGGUCCUGACAACGAAGAAAAACCUAUAAGUGUGACUGAACCUGAAGGACCAGCAUCGGCGGAGGUGUCACCACGGUAUCAGGACGAAGACGAAAAAGCAGCUCAAGAGUUACUGGCCGGAAAAUCACCAGAGGAUCAAGUCUUGGCAGUAAACCAAGCCCUAGCGGACAUGAAAACUUUCUAUAAAAGCAAACACGCUCUAGCUCUGGAAGCAAUCGAACAACUAGAAUGUAUCAAAGAUAUCAUCGAUGGUGAAGGAUGUAAGAAAAAACCAUCUUCGGCGGGGUCAUCUAAAACACCAGUCCAGGCACCAAGUAAUACAAUUUCUGGCUCUUGCAAGGACGAAAACAAAACUGUCGAACUCGAAAUAGAAGUAGAUGUAGAAAACAUUCAAAGAGACGUCAAAUUUUUGAAUGAAUGUUUCAUCCAGCUUGCUUCCAUUGAGGAAGAAAGCGCCGAACUGAAAAAAGAAUGGGACACGUGCAAGGACGGUCUCACUGUAGGUAAUAUUAAAGACAGACAGAAGCUAGACGAAAUCACCAAAAAUAGAGAUGGUUUGAGAUCCAAAAUCCAAAAACUAGAAAUCGAGCUCUUAAAGUGCAACAACCCACCUAAACAAGUUGGCGCAUCUAGAGUUAUUGAAGGUCUCAAACCCGACGAAGGCGACCUCAGGAAGCGACUGGAUCGUCUCAAGGGUCUCAAAGACGAAGUCAAGAAACUUGAAGACAGGUGUACGAAAUGCGUCGGAGAUAGUGUCGAAAAAGACAAACUGUUAACCAGAAUCACCCAACUGGAGGCGGAAGCUGAAGAGUGCAAGUGUAGACUGCAAGAAAUGAACAAGAUGGAAUUCGAAAGUAACUCUCUGAAGAUACAGUGCGACGAUUUGCGUAAAGUCCAGAAAGAUUACGAGGAGCUAGCGAAGAAAACGCAAGGUUUUGACGACCUCAAAGCCGAAUGCGCGAUGUACAAGUCGAAGUACGAGGAGGUGAUGAAGGAAAUCGAGGACUGUGAGUGCUGCAUGGACAACCAGGACGACGAGAUCAAGAGACUGACUUGCCAUGUUGAGUGUUUGACGCAGGAGCUCGAUGACCGACAGGACGCCAUGAAAUACAAAGUGUUGAUGAUGUGCGCUGAUUUAGAGAAAAACGAUACUCGUAUAGAGAAAUCAGAACAACAUCUAGCGGAUGUUCAGCAGCAGUUGCGCAGUUCCAUCGAAAGUCUCUCGUGCUGUACAAUAUGUUUGCGCACACGUAUCCAAGAACUCGAAAAUGAAAUCAGUGGAUUUCAGAAAACUUUAAUAGCUAAAGACGAAGUCUAUAAAUCUUUAGAAACAAAGUAUAAUUCUUUGAUAAGUAUACAAAUCGAGCAAAAAGAUAUGGAAAAUGUUAUAACGUCCCUCCAGGAGAAUAACAAGGCUUUGCUCGAAAAAAUCGAGACAGAUAAAAACACCAUUUCCAAUUUAGAAGAAUCUCUCCGGAAGGCCAAGAAAAGCGACGAGCGCUUGAAGCAGAUGCUCAAGCAAGCAACGUGUACGAUUAAAUGUAUCACUCAAAAACUCGAAAACCACGAGCUGGUCGGCGUGGAUCGACUGGAGGCAGAACGAAAGAACUAUCUCAAGAAAAUUAAAGAACUGGAAGAAGGAAUGGCAGAGGGGCAAAGGCCUUGUGGUGCCGAAAGGAUCCUAGAGUUACAAGAGGCACUAAUGAAAAGCAAUGCCAAUAAUAAAUGUCUGCGGGACACCGUAAAUCAACUUAGACAAGUGAUGGACGAGAACGAAAGUCUGCGAAAAAUAAUCACGCAACUGCAAGAAACCGCAGGAUGCUUAUGUGCUUCUAGUGAUACAGAAUGAAGUAAAUUGAGUGUGAAUGCCAAAAACUAAGAGUUAGAACAUCUGAAACUGAGAAAAUUGUCUGAGAGAAACCUGAACGGAGUCCAGAGAGACUAUGACGAUUUGAAGACAAUAUACAACUUGGAAAUAAAAUGUAAAAAACCGAUGAAAAAGGAAAGGAACGUGCUUUGAAAGGAACGAAAAUUUGGGACAGGGCGGCUGUCAAUUCUAGCAUCUACAAUUUAAACUUGUAUCCCUACAUAAAUAAAAUAAUUUUAUAUGAAA